UUAGGUUUCAUUCAUUAUUCUGUUUAUAUUUUUCCGAGAAGGCGUGCCUAUAGGUGUGGUAUUUUCCUAAUGCAUUGAUAUUAAAGAAAAUGAUUAUCAAACUAAUAUUCAGUGCAAUUUUCUUGUGCCUUGUCCAAGGUUGUCAUAUUCCCAUUGUUAUCCAGGGCCAAUGGUUCUCAUGGGAAAAUGGAAGACAAACCCAGACUGAGAUCACUGCAAAGGAUAUUUCAGGAAGAGGCACUUGUGUUACCUACAAAGAGGAUGGCAAAGUUAAUUACACAAUAGUCUUUAAAAGGGACAACUGCUAUACCUGCAUGAAAUUCUUAAUCCGCACUGUGAAUGUCCUGGAAAAAAUUGAGACUCCUUGUAAUACAGUGCCACCAGGUCAAGCAGUUACAGUGGAUUAUGUUUGCAAAAAUUUAAAAUUGGACCAACAGCUGAUCACGCUUUUCUCAGAGAAUUACGUGCCUGUGAAUUGCAGAUCUUCGUUAGAAGGUGUUUGGAAUUUUGCUUAUCAAAAUCGAUUCAAGUUUACGGGCGAGUGCAGAAACCCGGACGCGCGGAUCAGAUCGUGUCAGACUGCAGGAUCUCAGUUUUUGAUCACUAAUCAGAAAUUUAAUAUUACCUACAGACGCUGCGAGCAAAUGACGGGAACUUUUGAUGGAGUUGUGGAAUACAGUUGCUUAGGAGAUUGGUUUGUGGGCAAAAACCACUUCUUCGCUGUGGCUAACACGAGGGAAUCGCGUAAAGAUGAAAAGUACAGAUGCUUCUUGAAGAAUCGUGAUGACGAUCUCUACCUGGGAGUGUCCAUAACGCCUGAAUGCAAUCCGUUAAAGACUGUGGAAGACAGUCCGGAAAGGCUGAGGAUUACUCCGGUUAAGUCGGAAGUGGUUGAGCCGGGAUGCAGACUUCCUCAAAAUUUCACCGGCGAAUGGAUCAACACGGCUAACAUCGAUGCUGAUAUAUUUAUCAAUGAGACGCACAUCAUCGAGACUUGGUAUCCUGACGAAGGCAGAUACAGACGUACCAUUUACGUGUGCCGGGAACAGCGUGACACCAGGAUAAUGAUGACACGAUUAACGGUGGACGGUUGCCAGAAGGAUUACAUCUGCUUUGAUUUCGUGCCGCAACACCACAACGUAAUUAGAUAUAGGAAAGGGGUAGCCGUUAUCAAGGACGACUUCCACACCGUAUGCUCGUGGGUACGAUUCCCCAACAAGGAGCGUUGGCAGUAUGAUCUGUUUCUAUCCAAGAACCCGGUGGCGAUUAAAUGUCCGGUAGCAGGUAAAUUCAAUUUUACACAGAAGGGAGAGGUUCCGUUUGAGACGCGCAUCUUGGGUGGUGUUACACUGAGCCCCCGCCCCAACACAUAUUGCAAGCAGAACAUUUCGGAUUACUCCGUAUGCGAUACCGAUCAGAAAGAAGUCGCUAUCGACGAGAAUUACUGCCUCUCCGUCGACCAUCUGGGUAGACCUGUUGACAUCUACAGCGAUCCCGAUUACAAGAUGAAAUGCAUCGGCUUCUGGAAAGAAAACCUUAAAUCUUACAUGAUCACCUUCGAUGAACUUGAUCCCUUCUCCAAAUACAGAUGUUGGGUCUACCAAAGAGCUGACCUUAAUAAAGUCCUCAUGUCUCAAGCCGUGGGUCCUUACUGCGACCUGAAUCAAGAUGUGACUUCUUGGAACUUCACGGAAGGCGCUGCCGUAGCCAUCGAAAUGCAAGAAUACGAACGAGAACGUGAUCAAUGUCCGAUGCACUUCGACGACGGCUCGAAUCCAUGGUUCGAGUCCGAAAACAACAUACAAGUGUUCAAAUUCGGUUACCAAACUAGUUCGGUACCGCAACUCAGCAGGUUUUCUAACCUGCAGAUCAUCUUCACGAUGCUUUACUUUGUAUUUCUAAGAUAAGCUAAGAAUCUCUAAUUUUAAGACUUAAACGAAUUCCGUCCAAAAAGAGAAUCUCAUAUCUGUUCGUACAAUUUCAUACUCUUAUUAACCAUAAGCGAUUGUAUAUUUUAAUUGUUAUUGUUAGGUAUAGGAUUUUUUACCGUACUUUACACUAAUUUACACGAAAAUAAACGACAUUUUUUUUAUAAU